CCGUGGGCCCGAGGUGGCCACCCGCAGGAUAGAGGACAAGAAGCUCAAGGGGCGCCUGCGGUACAGCGAGAAGGUGGUGAGCGAUGCGCAGGCGGCGGCGGCCAAGGUGGACGAGUGGCUGCUGCCCAGCGAUGCGGGCGAGCUGGAGGCGGAGGGCAUGGAGCGCACCUGGCGCUUCAGCCAGCAGGAUAUUGUGGAGGCUGUGGAUGCGGGUGCGGGGCGCAAGGUGUUUGACCUGCAGCUGGACCAGCUGGGGCCCUACUCGCUCGACUUCUCCCGCAGCGGGCGCCACAUGCUGCUGGCGGGGCGCAAGGGCCACCUGGCGCUCAUGGACUGGCAGCGCACGCGGCUCAUCUGCGAAGUGCAGGUCAAGGAGACCACGCACGACAUCAAGUUCCUGCACAACGAGCAGUUCUUCGCUGCAGCCCAGAAGAAGUAUGUGUACAUCUACGACAAGCGGGGGCUGGAGGUGCACUGCCUCAAGGACACGACCGAGGCGACGCGGCUGGAGUUCUUGCCCCAUCACUUCCUGCUCUGCUCGGUGGGCGCCACCGGCGUGCUGCGGUACCAAGACACAUCCACUGGCCAGGUUGUGGCCACGCACCGCACCCGGCAGGGCGCCUGCGACGUGCUGCGCCAGAACCCGUGGAACGGCGUGCUGUGCCUGGGCCACGGCAACGGCACGGUGACGAUGUGGACGCCCAACAUCACCACGCCCGUGGUGCGCAUGCUGUGCCACCACGGCCCCGUGCGCUCGCUGGCGGCAGACACCCAGGGGCGCCACCUGGCCACCACCGGCGCCGACGGCCAGGCAAGCGCACGCCAGCUGCUCCUGCUGCUGCGGUCGUCGAUGUUGCUGCUGCUGGCAGUCAAGGUGUGGGACCUGCGCAUGCUGCGCCCGCUGCACGCCUACUUCUCCCCCUCCCCCGCCGAGUGCUGCGACAUCAGCCAGCGAGGCCUGCUGGCGGUGGGGUACGGCCGCAGGGUGCAGGUGUGGCGGGACGCGCUGGGCAGCAAGGCGCAGAGCCCCUACAUGACGCACACGCUGGCGGGCGGCACGCUGCGGGACUUGCGCUUCUGCCCCUACGAGGAUGUGCUGGGCAUCGGCCACAGCGGCGGCGUGUCCACCAUGCUGGUCCCCGGCGCGGGCGAGCCCAACUACGACUCGUUUGUGGCAAACCCUUUCCAGACCAGCAAGCAGCGGCGCGAGGCGGAGGUGCACAGCCUGCUGGACAAGCUGCAGCCGGCCAUGAUUGUGCUCGACCCCGGGGAGAUCACGCGGGUUGUGCGUGAGCCGCGGGACGUGCAGAAGGAAAAGCAGGCGGCAGCGCAGGAGGCCAACCGCGCCCGGCUGGAGGAGCAGCGGCAGAAGAACGAGGAGAAGAAGCGGAUGAAGGGCAAGAACAAGCCGUCGCGGCGGCAGCGCAAGAAGCAGGCCAACAUCGUCGAAGAGCGCAAGCCGGGGAUCAAGGCGCGCAUGCGGGAGCAGGGCGUCAGCGCCGAGUUUGGGCACAAGCAGCCGCGGGCAGAGCCAGGGGUGCCGGCAGACGUGCCGCGGGCGCUGCAUCGCUUCUUCAAGAAGUGAAUUUGACACCUUGCACCGAGGUGCUGCUCACAUGCUCUCAUUUGCCAUGCCGCCCCAUUCGUGUGUGCCUCCAUUGCCUCCUGCCCCAUCUCUGCUGCUCCAUUGCGCCCGCUUUUUCUCAGCCACAUCACUCGCACUCGUGCAAAACAACAAGCUA